AUGAUGAAUUCAAUCCUUGGUGAUUUCCUCGACAAGUUUGCCCUGGUUUACCUUGACGACAUCCUUAUCUUCAGCCGUACCAAAGAAGACCAUCUCAAGCAUGUUCGAAUGGUGUUGGAUCGUUUGCGAGCCCAUAAGCUAUACGCCAAUCUCAAGAAGUGCGAGUUCAACAAGACUGAAUUGGAGUUUGUCGGCUUCCAAGUGAGUGCUCAAGGUAUCCUGCCAUCCAAGUCCAAGGUCAAGGCGAUUCAAGAGUGGCCCAUUCCCACCAAUGUUCAAGAGGUGCGGCAGUUUAUCGGUUUGGCGUCUCAUUAUAGGCGAUUCAUUCGUGGCUUCUCAACGAUUGCUGCACCACUCACGGACUUGACAAAGGGAAGUGGGAGCAAGACGCGUUUGAUUGAAUGGACACCUGAGUGUCAAUCGGCAUUCGAAGAGAUUCAGUCACGCAUGAUUCAAGCACCCACCUUGGUACCACCCAAUGCAGCAAGGCCCUUUGUGAUCGAAACGGAUGCAUCCGAUUUUGGUGUUGGCGCUGUUCUUUUGCAAGAAGGUGACGAUGGUGAAUUGCAUCCUUUGGCUUUUGAAUCCAAGAAGCUUUCGUCAGCGGAGCGCAAUUAUCCCGCACAAGAAAGAGAGCUGCUGGGUAUCUUGCAUGCGUUACGUUCUUGGAGAUGUUUCAUUGAAGGUCGCUCUUACAAGGUGUAUACGGAUCAUCAUCCACUCAAGUAUUUCAGGUCUCAACGCAAGCCCACACCUCGUUUGACUCGAUGGAUUGCUGAAAUGGAGCUGUAUGAUCCCGAUAUCCAAUACAAGCCUGGCAAAGACAAUCAUGUACCUGAUAUCCUUUCUCGACGUGAUGGUGCUCAUUGUCUUACCAAUGAAUCGGAUAUGGAGCCUGAGUAUCUUUAUGCAACACGCGC